GCACUUUCCUUGCUAGGCUUUCAUCCUAUCAGGCCGUUAAAUAGACCUGGCUAUAGGACCCGGCGCAAUAUGAUCUCCUGAAGAGAAACCAGUAUAGCGCUAUCAUUAUAUAGCCCGUGGCACAUAUAUCUUCGUAUCUUAGGGAAGCGUCACUCCAUUCAUUAAUUACUUGUUGUUUUACCCACGAAGCUUCGGCGACUUGAGGCCCGGAGAAAUGAGCGUCGAUAUCAUGCGGUUAUAUGGACCCGGUCUAUCCUUUUAUCUAGCUCACAGAAAACCUUCAGCACGAAUGAAUGCUCCCGUGGGAUCGCCCAGCAUGUCACUUAGGGAUGUCGCUGUUUCCACUGCGAUGAGAUCCAAGAGGUCAAUCGGCAUCCUAGAUGAAACCAACACAGACAGACUAACCUCGAACAUCUGCCACAAAUACUCAGCUACUCUGAAGGCAUUGCAUGCCAGCAACGAGCUACUAGAAAGCAGAGCGAGAAAGCUGAGCAACAAUAUUGCUGGGCUUGAGCUAGAUGUCAUGAGAGUCCAACGCCACAUCAAAGCCUUUCACGGGGAGCUUCUGAUGACAUGGCAAGCCGACAUUCUCACGCGUCUCGUCGAGGUUGUGUACGAACGGAGUGAGUGGAAAAUGCCGGGAGGUAUCACUGCCAGUUCCCAUGAGGGCAUGAGUGAGGCGAAGGUUACUCUAAUGUAUAGGACUGCGGCGCGGAAGAUCAAAAAGGAGACGUUGAAGAGGAGGUUCGGCCUUUCGGUGCAAUACUAUCUUGCCCUGCAAAGGUAUGACGAGGUGAGUUAUCCUCAUGGUAGAUUGUCUGCUUUCGAAGCACGAAUCCGCUUCGCUCAGAGUGCACGUUCGCUCACUGGCUGCUGUCGCAAAAGGAGAAUUACGGUCGAAUCGGUCUAUUCAAUUUCUGGGCAAGAUUAUUUCCCCUAUGCUACGGUCGGACUGUGAA